UUACGCUCACUGCCAGAUCAUUUGCCAUCUAGAUGCAAGACUCGCCAGCGUUCUCUGUUCUUAUUUCCUGUUGCCGUCCCUGCCUGUUAUUGGACUCUGCCUGUUCUCCGGUGCCCGACCUUGUCUUCUGAACCCGGCACUGAUUAUUGCCUGGACCUUGUCCUGCAUUCCUGCCAGCUCUUCGCCUCUGUUGUGGAAAAGAAAGCGAAGCAGACAAGCUACCGCUGUGAUCUGUGUGCUGCAUUUGGGUCUAAAACCUCACUCCGUUACAACCGUGGGACACGAUGGCGUCCCCCACUCCUCUCACCAAGGCCAACGCCAUCUUCUCCCUGGAUUUGCUCAGAAAGCUGAGUGAGGACGACAACUCUGCAAACAUCUUCUUCUCUCCCUUCAGCAUCUCCUCAGCCCUGGCGAUGGUGAUGCUGGGAGCCAGAGGAAACACCGCAAUGCAAAUGUCAGAGUGCUUGAACACCCGGGAAUGUCAGGAUGAUGUCCACGCUCUGUUUAACCAACUGCUGAGUGGACUCAACAAGUCAGGGGGCUCGUUUGAGCUCAGUGUUGCCAACAGGCUGUAUGGAGAGAAGUCCUUCCAGUUUCUGCAGGAGUUCUUAACACAAACCAGGAAACAUUACGAUGCAGAGCUGGAGUCUGUGGACUUCAUAACCAGCCAUCAGGAAGCCAGGAUCAGAAUAAACAACUGGGUGGAGAAGCAGACACAAGGGAAAAUCAGGGAUGUGGUGGCUGAAGGUGCGUUGAACGAGAUGUCCAGACUGGUGCUGGUCAACGCCAUCUACUUCAAAGGCACCUGGAAUAAACCAUUUCUGCACUUCAAUACGUAUGAUACUGACUUUAAACUCAACAAGAAUGAAAAAAAGAAAGUAAAGAUGAUGACGCAGAAAACUCAUUUUCCCUUUGCUUUCAUCCCUGAAGUCAACUGCCAGAUCCUGGAGAUGCCUUACAAAGGGAAGGAGUUGAGCAUGCUGAUCUUCUUACCCAAAGAUAUAGAAGACGAUACAACUGGUCUGGAGAAGCUGGAGAAACAGCUGACCUAUGAGAAAUUCAUGGAGUGGACAGGUGAGCUGAGGGUGACGAAGGUCAACGUGAGUCUGCCACGGUUCAAGCUGGAGGAGACGUAUGACCUGAACAGAGUCCUGACCAGCAUGGGCAUGGAGGACGCUUUUGAUGAGGGGAAGAGCGACCUCUCCGGUAUGUCCAGGAACCAAGAUCUGGUUCUGUCGAAAGUCACCCACAAGGCUUUUGUGGAGGUAAACGAGGAGGGAACGGAGGCUGCUGCUGCCACUGCUGUCGACUAUUUGCUGUGUUCUAUAAAGAUGCCAAAUUUCCGUGCGGACCAGCCCUUCCUGUUCUUCAUCCGCCACAACGCCACCAUGAGCGUUCUCUUUGCUGGGCGCUUCUGCUGCCCUGUGUGA